GCAAAAGAGCACAUUUGAAUGGUGGCAAAUGGACGGUCCCGUCAUGAAAUGUUCAAAUACUUGUUUUAAAGGUGAUUUAAGAGGUCAUGAUUUUUUAUUUUGAGCCAGCACAAGUUUGAGGUAAAUCCAUGAACAUCCACUAAACAAUGAGGCGACUGAACAUAAAAAAGGCUGUCAGCUUUGUGAAAGAACUAGACACCUUUCCUAAAGUUCCAGAGACUUAUGUUGUAACAUCAGCUUUUGGAGGCACAGUGUCACUGAGUGUUUUCAUCCUCGUGGCACUUCUUUCCAUCUCAGAGUUUCUUGUGUACCAAGACACAUGGAUGAAAUAUGAGUAUGAAGUAGAUGCAGAUUUUUCCAGUAAAUUGAAAAUAAAAAUUGACAUUACAGUUGCAAUGAAGUGUGAAAGGGUGGGUGCAGAUGUGCUAGAUAUUUCUGGGGCUGUGGUUGCAUCGAAGGAACUCAAAUAUGAACCUGUUAACUUUGAAUCCACUCCACAGCAAAAGGUGUGGUAUCAGAUUUUACAGCAGAUUCAAAGCAGACUGAGGGAAGAACAUUCUCUUCGAGAUGUACUCUUUAAAUCAGCACUGAAAGGACGCUUUUCUAAGCCAAUUCCAUGGAAUUAUUCUACAUCUGUAUCACGCAAUGCCUGCAGGAUACAUGGACAAAUCUAUGUCAGUAAAGUGGCAGGGAACUUUCAUAUCACACUAGGCAAACCAAUUAAUACUAUCAGAGGUCAUGCCCAUUUUGCUUCUUUAAUAAAAACAGAAGUUCAUAACUUCUCACAUCGGAUAGAUUGUUUGUCUUUUGGAAAUGACGUUCCGGGACACAUCAAUCCCCUUGAUGGCACUGAAAAAAUCACAUUAGAGCAAAAUCAGUUGUUUCAGUAUUUUGUCACAGUUGUUCCCACUAAACUGCACACAUCAGAUGUUUCAGUGGACAUGCAUCAGUUUUCUGUCACAGAAAGGGAGCGGGUCAUAAACUUUAAGAAGGACAGCAGUCAUGGUGUAUCUGGGAUCUUUAUUAAGUAUAAUCUGAGUCCACUAAUGGUGAGAGUGAGUGAGGAGCAUAUGCCUCUUUCUGUGUUCCUUGUCAGACUGUGCGGCAUCAUUGGAGGAAUCUUUGCAACCUCAGACUUUCUCCACAGUAUGAUUGUGUAUUUUGUCGACAUUAUCUGCUGUCGUUAUAAAGUUGGCACCAGUCCAAGGAGAUGAAUUAAAAUUCUAAACCUUGUAUAUUAUAAGGUCCUUCCACAUUCCUAGAACAGCUGGACAAGUGCAAAAUGGACCACAAACUAAUUUUAUCUGUAACUGACAUGCAAUAUACCUUUUAUUUAAUAAAUACAAGUUAUUUUGUGGUUAAUUAAAAAAUUGUUUAUUUGAGACUUGUGUGGAUCAAAAUAAAAUAAAAUGGAUGACUGUGUUAAAAAGGUUGCUAUAUAUAUGUCUACAGAAUUCAGCAUAAAGUUAGUCCUACAGUAUAUAAACAAAUGUAUAUACAUUUAGAAUAAUAACAGAAACAUUUUUAUAAAUGCUUGGCAUCCUCAGAACUGUAGCCUAUUAUACACAAAACAGAAAUAAAAGAAAGGCUAGAAGAGGGAGGAAUCCUUAAAGCAAUAUUUCACCCCAAAAUAAAAAUGUUCUCAUUAUUACCCACCAUCCCAGAUGUGUAUGACUUUCUUUCACCUGAAGAACAUAAAUUAAGAUUUUGAAGAAUAUCUCAGCUCUUUAGGUCCAUACAAUGAAAAGGAAUGGUGACCAGACAUUUUAAGCUAUAAAAAGCACAUAAAGACAGCACAGAAAUAAUUCACACGACUCAUGUGGUUUCAUGUCUUCUGAAGCGAUCCAAUCCAUUUCUGUGAGAACAAACUAAAAUGUAACUCCUUUUUCAAUGUACAUCUACCAGUGCAGUCUCUAGGCAUCAUGAUUUCAAGCUUGAUUACACUUCCUAGUAGGCUACAUGACACAUGCUAAGAGCACUUGAUGGCUCCAGGAAGUGUAAUCAAGCUUAAAAUCAUGAUCACCAAGGAGACUGCUGAUUUCAAGAUUUAUAGUGAAAAUAAAAUUAUUUGGUCUGUUCUCAUCCAAAAUUGAUUGUAUUGCAUUUGAGUUGCAUUUGGCGGCAGUGGUUAGCACUGUCGCCUCACAGCAAGAAGGUCCUAGGCACAACUAGGGCCUUUCUGUGUGGAGUUUGCAUGUUCUCCCUGUGUUUGCGUGGGGGUGCUAUGGUUUCCACAAGUCCAAAAACAUGCAGGUUAAAUGAAUUGGAGUCUCUAAAUUGCCCUGUGUGUGAGUGAGAGUCCCCCAGCCACUUGGGAUUGUGUCAAAAUUUGUGACAAAUCAAAUAUAAAUAUGCAGACUAUCACAAAGUGGACCCUGCACCUAUGUGUGACAAACGCUAGGAAAGACAGAGAGUUGUAUGAGCUACAUUUAUGCUGCCAUUAUGUGCUUUUUGAAGCUUCAAAGCUUUGUUCACCAUUUACUGGUACCUGCAUUAUACAGACACAGAGCUGAGAUAUUCUUCUAAACAUCUUUCUUUGAGUUCUGCAGAAGGUAGAAGGCUAAACACAUCUGAGGUGGCAUUGGGGUGAGUUGAUGAUGAGAGAAUUUUCAUUUUUGAGUGAACUAUAUCUUUAAGACGGACCGCCACUUCGUGGCUGUUGAUUUAAUCACUGUUUGGUUUGUCAGGUGAUAUUAUUGAAACUACAUAGCCAGACCUGAGUCAGAUAUGACUCUUACCUUUUUACAAGUACAUUUCUCAGUUGUGUUAGGAUUAGAAACACAUCAGUCAAAAGUUUUGAAACACUUAUCAUGUUUCUCAUGAUUUUAAAAAUCUUUUGAUCUGAAAGCAUAUGCUUAAAUGUUUGAAAUUUGUAGACAUAAAUAUAAUUGUGCCACCAUAUUACUUUAUUUCAUUAUAAAACAAAAAUGUAAUCAAAAAAAGUUUUUGAAAUUGAUGACUUGGACAAAAUAACAAAGAAAAGCAGUCAAAAAGUGCCCAACAUAUAGAUGUGAACUACUUCUAUUCUGUUUAAAAAGCAUCCCAUAAUGAUACCUCAAGAAGUUGGUUGAGAAAAUGUCAAGAGUACAUGACUGCAAAUUCUAGGUAAAGGGUGACUACUUUGAAGAUGCUCAAAUAUAACACAGUUUUGAUUUAUUUUGGAUUUUGUUUAGUCACGACACAAUUCUCAUAGUUUCAUUUCUGUUAUUCCAUAGUUUUGAUGACUUUACUAUUAUUCUAAAAUGUGGGGAAAAAUUAUAAUAAAGAAUGAGUGUUACAAAACUUUUUAUAGUGUACCUGUCAGUAGAUUACACAUUAAUUGUGAUUAAUCUUAUUGUUUGUCAUAAUAAGACUAGUCUACCAUGAUUGAAUGUUGAAUUUUGCCUUUAAAUCCAGUAUUUUUUUAAAUAUAAAAAUACACUGCAUUCAGUUAUGUUGCAUUCAUUUUCACUUUUAAUGUAUGAAACAUUAUGUAAUAAUACAAAAUGGCCUAAUAUUGAUGCCA